UGUAACUCUCCCUUUCAUAGACGUGGGCGUUUCAGUGUAUCGGUCCUAAAAGCAGAGGCAAAUGGCGUGUUCACGUCCCACUAAGACCCCUCUACAAUGGCACACAACCUUCGCCGGAUCCUCGCCAGUCUGGCCCUCGGAACCAGCCAUUUCAGCUAUUGUCUCCAUUGCCUCGGCAGCAUUGUCCGCCCAGCACACCCAAGUGGGGGAUGUGCCAUCCAUUACUGUUAAUUUCUUUGCCCAAGGGACAUUCAACAAGAAUUAUGAGAUUGUUAUCCCAAACCAAGGGCACAAAUUCCUCUUCCGUGUCACCCUUCCGGUUGACCCGUUCUUCAAAACGGAGAGUGAAGUUGCCACACUAGCUUUCCUACGCCAGAAGACUAGUAUUCCCGUUCCAGAAGUGGUGGCAUGGAGCUCUACAUCGGAUAAUGCCCUCGGUUAUGAAUGGAUUCUUUUGAAAAAGGUUGAAGGUGUUCCGCUCGAGCAAAAGUGGCGUGCCAUCUCUUUGGAAACAAAAAUCCAAAUCUCCGAGCGGUUAGCAGCAUACGCCGCUGAGCUACGAAGCUUACCCUUUGAUAGAAUUGGGAGUCUUUACUUCGAGGGCACGAAUACUAGUGCGGAAACAAACAGCAGUGCUCAAGACUCUCAACAGAUCAAGUUCAUGUCCAGUUACCUCGGGAAAGGUGUAGAAGUCGGGCAGAUGGUUUUGCCAUUUUUCUUUUUCAAACGGCGACUUUACAUUCCUUCCAACCGUGGCCCAUUCGCCAAUUCUCUCCAGUAUCUAUCGGCAAAGGUACAAAUGCAGACCGCGUGGAUCAAGAGCGGGGUUGAGAUUGCAAAAGCGGAGAAUGCCAGCGACAUAGACUCGGAUUGCGAUGAAGAUCUCCUAGAAGAAGCGCCUGAGAUGCUAGAAGUCUGCCAGGCAGCUCAGGAAUUGAUUGUGCGCUUCUUUCCACCGACAGAUCCCGACACCUGUCAUACACUCUAUCAUCACGACCUCAAUCAGAACAAUAUAAUCCUGGAUCCAAUCAGUCAUGACAUAGUUGCUGUCAUUGACUGGGAGAUGAUUUGUGUACUUCCCCAAUGGGCAUCAUUCUACUAUCCGAAGAUGUUUCUCGAUGUGGACCCAGUAACUGAAGAGGAACCGCCCAUACCGGUAGAUUACAAUGAUGAAAAUGAUUAUACUAUCAUCCGCCGGGACAGAUGGGAUGCACGGAUCCUUAGGAGAACUUUUGAUACCUACAUUCAAACCGUGAGUAGAGACACAAACAACAUCAACUUUUCGGAUGGCUUUGAAGAGAGGAGAACACUUGAGGAUGUCAUAGAAGACUUGACUGAUAACUGGGAGGGUGCGCGAGCAACCCUGAGAGACUUACAAGCUCGAGCUGGAACAGUAAGUAGUUGAGUCAUCAUAUUAAUUCUAGGUGUAAAAGGAAUACUUCUUCUAAAGUUAGGGGGGAUGGUAAGAGGAAAUAUACUGGAAAGGGGCAGAAGAAACAUACAGUCGGGUUCUGCUGUGGCAAUGGCAGGUGACAGAUAAACCAUCUUCACAUUAGUAAACUGCAAGGUGUUAUCAUGAUAUAAAUGUAUGCCCUCAAAAGGACAUCCUUCUGACAGCACUCGGGAACAUUCAGAGACAUGCAGCAGCCUGCAGAUUAUGGUGAAUAUAACGUAGGUUGCGUGCCAUGCUCAGGCCCUAG